AUGAAGCUUAAUAUUCCUACUAAUGCUACAUGGAAGCAGAACGGAGUGACUAUUGCUGGAGGUCACGGACAAGGGGAUGCUACUAAUCAACCGUGCACCCCUCAUGGCCUCUUCGUUGAUGAUGAUCAAACAGUGGUUAUUGCUGACUACGGGAAUCAUCGUAUCAUGCAAUGGAAGAACGGUGAUACAACGAAUGGACAACGUGUCGCUGGUGAUAAAGACGAAGGAAAUGGAUUACAUCAAUUGGGUUAUCCAACUGAUGUAUUAAUUGACAAAGAGACCGAUAGUCUCAUUAUUUGUGAUCGAGGGAAUCAACGAGUUGUACGAUGGCCUCGUCGUAGUGGUACAACACAAGGUGAAAUACUCAUCGACAACAUCGAAUGUUAUGGAUUAGCAAUGGAUGAACAGAGACAUCUCUACGUCUCUGACUACAGAAAGCAUGAAGUAAGACGAUAUCAAUUGGGUGAGAAGAAUGGCACUCUCGUAGCUGGUGGUAAUGAUGAAGGUGGUGGUCCUAAUCAACUCGACGAGCCGGGAUAUCUCUUUGUCGAUAGACAACAGAAUGUCUACGUGUCAGACCACUGGAACCGUCGUGUAAUGAAAUGGCCUAAAGGUGCAAAAGAAGGUAUUGUGGUCGCUGGAGAUAAUGACCAACGGAGUGCUCCGACACAAUUGUCUUUUCCUAAUGGAAUCUUCGUUGAUACGUUGGGUACACUCUAUGUAGCAGACUCAAGGAGUGAUCGUGUAAUGCGUUGGACUCAAGGAGCAAAAGAUGGCACUGUAAUUGUGGGUGGAAAUGGUCGAGGAGAAGAAGCAAAUCAGCUCAGCAACCCCGAUGGUUUGUCUUUCGAUCGACAUGGUAACCUCUAUGUCGCCGAUUGUGGUAAUAAUCGUGUUCAACGAUUUUCUAUCGAAUAA